AUAAGUAUACUGAAAUCCAAAUCAAGCAGAAAAUCAUCUCAAUGUUGUUUUAUUUCAAUAAUUAUGUGAAAAUAUUGACAUAAUCUGUAGAAGUUUAGGGACAAUGCAGAGGUGUGGUUUAAAGUGAUCACGGUUGUGUCCCGGACUGAUCGAGCGGGGCGGAGCUACUAACGGUUGAGAUCAUUACGAAGAAAUAUCUUCCAAGUUCUGGUCGAACUUCUGAAACGGACAGGUUCCUCCCAACUUCUUCCCCCGACAGGUUCCGACUUCUCCCGGCAAUGAGGAAGUUGUGGGAAGUUUGUGGUUCUCCCGCAGGGACGCCGGAGAUGCUCCUUCCGGUAACGGUCCGAUGUUAGCCGGGCUGCUGCUAGCCUCGCUGCAACAGGUCUGCCCCCGGUUCUACGAACCGCCUGGUCCAGAUGGAGAGCAGAACUGCCUCCAGGUACUCCUGGAUCGACUUCGCCUUCUCGGUGAUCGGAGUUUGCACCUUCCUGCUGGACUGGGGCUCCGACCUGUGGCUGGCCAAGGAGUUCUACUGCCGGGGGGACUUGUUCUGGUUCGGGGUGCUGGUCGGCCUCAUGGUUCUGUCCUCUGUCGUAGUCCAAAUGUUCAGCUGGUUCUGGUUCCAGUACGACCGGGAGCUGCCGGAGUUCAACGAGCAGACCGCAGGGCCAGGGAGCGUGUUCUGCGGGAACCGAGCCAAGCUGUUCUGUCUGUUGCAUGUUCUCCAGCUGGGCUUCCUUUGCAGACACGUGUCGGCCAUCCGUCAGGGCUUCAGGGUGUGGUGGAGGAAGGAGGCGGGGUCAGAGUACGCCGUCUACCUGACGCACGAUCUGAGCAUGCUCCGUCUGAUCGAGACGUUCUGUGAGAGCGCCCCCCAGCUCGUCCUGAUGGUCUACGUCAUGCUGCGCACCAACCGGGCCAGGACCGUCCAGUUUGUGAGCGUGGCGGCCUCCGUCGCCUCCGUGGCCUGGAUGGUGGUGGACUACCAUCGCUCUCUGCGCUCCUUCCUGCCAGACAAGGCUGAGCAGCGCUGGGGUUCCUCCAUCGUCUACUUCCUGUGGAACCUGCUGCUGAUUGGCCCGCGGGUCGCCGCCCUCGCCCUCUUCUCCUCCGUCCUGCCCGGCUUCAUCGCCCUCCACUUCCUGCUGCUGUGGCCAGCGCUGGUUCUGUGGGCCUGGCGGCAGCAAACCGGCUUCAUGGACAGCGCCGGCGGCGAGUGGCUGUACCGCGCCACCGUGGGCCUCAUCUGGUACUUCAGUUGGUUCAACGUGGCUGAGGGCCGGACGCUGGGCCGCAGCCUCGUCUACCACACCUUUGUCACGGCCGACGUGGCCGUCCUCCUCGCCACCUGGUGGAGCUACAGAGACCCGGUCCAGACGGCGGCGUACGGCGCGGCGCUGCUGCUCGCCCUGCCGCUCUGCUACCUGCUGGGGCUGCUGCUCAAAACGCUCUACUACUGCCGCUUCCACCCCACGCUGCCGCUGGACCGCGACCCACACGACCUGCCCGACUCCGACGUGGCCUUCAGGGCCCUCCCCAUCCAGGACAAAGCGCCGGCUGCCCCGCUGCUCAACCAGCGCAUGGCCUGCCACGCUGCGCAUUUCUACACCGACCGGCGCCGCGCCAUGGCUAGGGGACUGGGCGGGGCUACCCACGGAGUGGGCGGGGCCAUUGGCCGACUGGGCGGGGCCGGGGCGUUUCAUUCCUGACCACAGCUUCCUGUUCUGCUUCAGCAGUUUCCUUUCCAUAGGCCUUACAGUGGUAGUCGCCCAGGGCAGCGCAAUUUGACGCCCCAAACACUAGAAUUUUUUUGUAAUGAAUGCAUGUUUCUCAUUGGCUCACAUUUUUAUUAAUGAUUCUGAUACUUCAAACAUGGAGCCCUCCCACAUGUGAUCCUGCUGAUGCUGCUCACAUAUUAAUAAGUAAAAUGCCUUAUUUUAUUGUUUUAGUAUUUUAUUGUUUUAGUAUUUUAGUGUUUUAGUAUUUUAUUGUUUUAGUAUGUUUAGUAUUUUUAGUAUUUCUGAAGUUGAUUUUUGAGCAGGGCACCAAACUGGCUCCAGCCCAGGUUCCUUCUCAAUCCGGCCCCGUUGCCGCGGCGUUAGUGUUAUAAGUUGAAAACCGGAACGUCUCUGUGGGAAUAUCAGAGUCACCGGCAUCAUUCAGGAAUCUGAUCUUUCCAAAAAGCUUCAGUUUUGAUCCUGCUUUUGUGAAGCCUCCUCCAGUGAGCGUCCCUCUGCUGGACAGCAGGGGGCGCUGUCUGCAGGGCGCCGCAGGCAGACAUCAGACUCAUCCAGUGGUUAAGAGUUGAUCCAGAACUUUCUGCUCCUGGGUCGGAAUCAGAAUCGGGUCAGGCUUCCGGCUCGGCUCAUCGGUUUCCAGGAACAUCCAGGAGUUUCCAACAUCUGGACAUCUCAGGAACAUUUAGUGAACCACAGCUGGUUCUGGUUCUGGUUCCAGCCAGAAACAGCCAAUUAGCUACCUCAGGAAGGAUCUCAGGAUGGACCGAACCGGAUCGGACCUCUAACAGCAGCGCUGCAAGUUCUGGUUCUCCUUCUGAAGGAAAUGUUCCAGCUCUGGUUGCCAUAGAGACGGGUGACGACACCAACGACCAGCUGAUGAGUAAAACCUCUGGUUGUGUUGAUGAAGCGCCGCUGAAUGAUGCAUCGUUAUGGCGACCAUGUGUCUCCAUGGAGACGGCCUUUGCUUCGCUCUGUUUUCUCUGGAUAACCUCGGUGAAUCUGGUUUGUGUUUUCUACAGGAAAUCUUGAAUUAAAUGAAAAUGUUUUCCAGUU